AUGAAGAUUUCUAAACUAACGGACCACUUGAAAUUUGAACAUGCCAACAUUAGUAUACCAUCCACGCGAGAUGAGCCGCAAUUGAAUAUAGAACAGAAACAGACGUGUCUUGUUCUCUUGGCAAGUAAACCGCUCGGUAGGGCCAUGCUCAAACUUUUACCUAACCGUGAAACGACGUUGGUUAUUUUAUGCGGCGAGGAUAAGGCUUUACGAGAUUGCCAGCCUCAGUUCUCGUCGGACUUGACACAAGCAAAGACAAUUGCUGGGCUACUUGGUAUCUUGGACGACGUGGUCAACUGCAUUUGCUCAGCGGUGGCCAAAAUGGAGACGCAGUUGAAAGCAGUGUAUAUCUCAAACAUCUCGAUGUUUUACUGGGAUUUGCAAGUUUCAACUGACGAAAACUACGAGCAGCUCGGUUUCCACGCCUACGUUCCGCAACUGAACAUUUUCCACAAGCUCAGUGCUUUGUUGAAGCAGAUCGCUUUGAAAUACAGGUGUCCCGUCAUGGUCGUGGGCUACGAUUCCACAUUUGACUCCGGCAUCGCCGCACCUAAGCAUUACCUGAGCCUGGAGAUUCAAAAAUAUAGCAAAUUGCCAACGUCAUUUCUUGAAUCGUUUGACCAUUUGAUACACAGAACAGCAAGUAAAGUAGAGGUUUUUGACAAAGAGCAAAAUCGAUGGACAUGA